CAUAAUCUCAUUUAAUUAAAUGAGAAGGUGUGUCCAAAGGUUUCACUGCUACUGUGCCAGUGAAAGACUGAGAAGAGCCGAGGGCUGAGAGAGCCGCUGGAGCAGAUGUGGAUAUGUGGAAGGUUAAGGCUCCUGUGGUCCCCGUGGUAGUAGGAGCACUCGGGGCAGUGACCCCCAAAACUGGGAUAGUGGCUCCAACAGAUCCCAGGAACAACACCUGAAGCCUCAGCCCAGGAGAGCGCAGUCCUAGGAGCGGCUAAGACACUGCGCAGGACCCCUCCCCCCGAGCUUGAGGAUGACGCAGAUACCCCCCAUGAACGUGAGAGGGAUGUUCUGUGCAGGACAUAAAUAAAAUUUGACGGCUCAUUAGCAUCAUAGAGUGAUUCGUUACUGUGUUCACUCGCUUGACUCAAAUCUUGUGGUGUCAGAUGUAGUUACUGUUUUUAUGCUUUGAUAAGUCUUUAAUUGCAUUAAUUUGGACUUCCGACUGAUGAAACCUCCUCCUCUCAGUGAAUGCCUUCUUUAUUAUGUAACAGUCCAUUUUAAGGAAAGCGUAAUAAGUGGAGUUUCAGUGUGCACAAGGCCGUUUUAGCGCUCGUGUGAGGAGCUGCCGUCCAAGUCCGUGUUACAAAACAACUCUUUUUGCUGUUACUUAAGAACUGUAUUGUAAUUUGAGCCGCAGGCCAUGCGUUACGUCAGACUACCCAUUCUAAAAAAAAAAAAAAAGAAAGAAAAGAAAAGAUUGCAAAGAGGUUGCAGUAAUGAAACUGGAUCAACACCUCUCAGUACACAAAAACCACGUGGAGCAGUUUGCUGAAACUUGAGUACAGCCCGGAGGAAAAUGCUGAGUAUAAUGUGCAUGGUGCAGCACUGUGUGCGUCAGAGUAGCUAAGGCAUAUGCACAUGAGGACAAAUUCACUUUAAUAUCAUAUAAAGGGUAAGUUAGACAAAGCUAACAUCCUUAGCAUUUUGAAAAUCUGAUGAAAGCGAGCGGAGUUGAACCAAGUGUUCGCAGAGGACAGAUUAACCUCAGAAUUAGCCUCUGGGCAGUGAAACAAAUCUCUCUGUGUGUAUCUUUGUGACAGUUCACACUCACUGCACAGGGAUACACAUGUAAGUGCUUACCAGAGGACUCUGAUUUGUUUUUUCAGCUUUUUCAAACAAAUCCCAGCACAAAGACAUAAAAUACAAUGUCCUAAAAUAUUAUAUGAUACAACAAGAUCGACAGACUGUUAAUAGCAAAUUAAACUAAAGUUCACUGAAUCAUUUAAAAGCAGAUACAGAUUCUUAUUAUGUGCAUUAUGAUUCAUCACCGAUACAACGUGAAAUUGAAUUAAGCAACUGAUAUGCAUCAGCGAGCUUUGAAAGAUAAUUGUUUGUAGGAGAAAGACGAUUAUUAGAAACAUCUGCAGGAUCUCUGUUUGUAAACCAUAAAUUAAGAUUUGACGAUAAAAACACAAAUGUGGCCUUUUUCAGAUUAUAUUUCGAGCAGUGGGUCAAAGGUUCAUGUUUGUGCACACACAAGCAGCUCCUGCGUAGGACAAUAGGCCACUGGCCUGUUGUCCCAUAAGCGUGGUGUCACCAGCGUGAUCUACUGAUAGGGUCAAAUGGCACCCUCGGAGACAAAUGUUAUCUGAAAGAGUGCACACUGUAUACUCUGGGGUUCUGUCUGUGAAACAGUACAAGGGGGAAUGAAAUAAUGCUUGUUUCCGUGUAUAUUUGUGUGUGUGCACAUCGUAUGUGCGUGCGCAGAUAAAGUAUACAGUGGUAAUUAAAGAGUGAGGGGGGGUAGACAAAGACAGUAGAAACGAGCGCGGAGACGCAAACAUGCUGGUAUAAAUAUCUGAGACCCCGGGAGAGAGUGCAUCAGUUCCAGGGAGGCACUGAGGAGGAGACGCGCCGAGGCGACAGGGAAAAAGAAGGAAUAUAAAAAAAAAAAAGAGGGUGCAGACGGAAGACCUGGAAGACACAGAAACAGAAUAUUUCAUACACAGGACUGGAAACGUAAAAAUAGGUAAGAAGACCUUGGAAUUUGUGUAAUGUGUGUAUUUCUUUUAACCUUUGAAUUGAUUUUUUCUUCUUUUUUUUGUUACAGAAAUGGCCAAUACAGAGGGAGUAGUCUUGGCUUUUCUUGUGUUCAUUAGUGCCUGUGUGCCAUGUUUUUCUGUGUAUAACAGCGGAGAAUGCUUCUUCAACACCAAAGGCAGCUGUGAAUACAUGGGACAGGUGUACGGGAUAGGAGAUAGCUGGGUCACCAGUGACUGUUUUCAGUGUGUCUGCAUGGAGCCUUUUGGAGUGGGAUGCUGUGAUCACGGAUAUAAGCCGGUGGACUAUCCAGACUGGUGCGAGGUCAUCCGUAAACCCGACUCUUGUACCAGCGUUGCUGUGAUGAGAGUCAAUCACAAACUACCCUGCCUCUGGGGACAAGGCCGCCUCAGAACAGCCGCCGGCCAGCCGUGGAAAUCUGACAAUGAUCCUAUAUUUUGAGCUCAGCCACUGAUGCAAUAGAUAAGCGAUAGUUACAGUGUAAUAUUUAUUUUAUUGAAAUCAGUGUAAAUCUGAUUUUAUUUAUUUAUUUAGCAUUUAAUUAGCCCCAUAACUUUUAUUUUGUCAUGAGGUUUGUAGAAAUCAGUUAACAUUAUGACAUUUAUAUUUAGGAUUUCCCAUUUUAAAAUUUUGGUGUUGAUGUUUGAUCUGUUAGUACAAAUGUUUGAUAUGUUUCUGGUUCAUGUUUGAAAUCAAAUAAAACAGCAUAGAUACUAUAAUUAUAAUUAAAGUCUAAAAGUCUAAAAUGUCUGUGCCAAAUGAAUUACUGGAAAAAUACUCUGUAUUUAUUUAUUCACUGUUCUAACUGUGUAUAGACUGAGUAAUGUCUGUGUGUGUUAACUGGAAUUAGAUUAUUAUUAUAUUAUUUUGCCUCUCACAUGUAUAAAGAUUCAUUUUCUGAA